CUCGAUCCUGGACGUGUGCGGAACAAAUUAAAUAUGACGGCUGAAACGAAUACGGGUCCCGCAAUUGGCCAACGGCAUGUGCAGACCUUUCUGCUCUUCCUGUCGAUCGUGGUCAACUAUAUGGCCAAGUUUAAUGCUGGCGUGGCAAUUGUGGCCAUGACGAAUUCCGAAAGCACCAAUCCCAAUUUCCCUGAAUAUGAUUGGGAUGGAAAGCAGCGCUCGUAUAUCCUGUCCAGCUUCUUCUGGGGCUACAUCAUGACACAGUUCCUCGGUGGCUGGCUCUGUCGUCGCUUUGGUGCGAGGAUGACCAUGUUCGUGUCGACUAUUGGAUCGGCUCUGCUGUCCCUGCUGCCGCCUUGGUGCAUCUCCUGGGGCGGCUGGCAGGCCUAUUGCGUCAUUCGUGUGGCGAUGGGCCUGUUCCAGGGCUUUUUAUUCCCCUGCAUCCACGCCCACCUCGCCAACUGGAGUCCCGUAAACGAGCGCAAUCGUCUGGGCGCCCUGGCCAAUACGGGUCUCGACUGUGGCACUCUGCUGGCGAUGUUUGCCAGUGGCCAGAUUGCCGCCUCUAGCAUGGGUUGGCCCGGCAUCUUUUACAUUUCGAGUGCCGUUGGCGUGGCCUGGUGCAUCAUCUGGCUGAUCUUCGGCGCCAACACGCCUCGGGAAUCCAAGUACAUCAGCGACGAAGAGCUAAACUACAUUGAGACCUCGAUCAACUCCAGUCGCACGAAGGAGGCGGAGGACUUGAAGGCGAAGGGGCCAAUCCCGGUUCCCUGGGGAGCCAUCUGGAGCUCGGUUCCGUUCUGGGCCCUGAUGGUCACGCGCUGUUGCCAGUCCUGGGGCUAUUCCACGCUGCAGACGGAGAUGCCCUCCUACAUGAACGGUGUCCUGCUGAUGGACAUGAAGAAUAAUGCCAACUUCUCGGCACUUCCCUACUUGACCUCCUGGGUGAUGGCCUUUGUGUAUGUGAUCAUUGCGGACAUCCUACUAACAGGAGGAAUCAUGACCAUCACAGGGAUCCGCAAGACGAUCAAUUCCAUAUCAUUCUUUAUUCCCGCCAUAAUUUUGAUCGGCAUCGGAUUCCUGGACAGCGAGCAGAAGACCCUGGCCGUUGUCUUGAUGUGCGCCAAUGUGGGUAUCAAUGCCGGAAGCACCAUCGGCAGCACGAUCAACACAAUCGAUCUGUCGCCCAACCAUGCUGGCAUCCUCAUGGGUAUCGUCAAUACGGCGGGCAACGUUGUGCCCAUUCUAACGCCCCUCUUGGUUGGCGUUAUCGUAACGGAUGAUCACGAUCGCGUCCAGUGGCAGGUGGUAUUCAUCAUUUCUGCCGUCAUCUUCUUUGUGGGCAACAUAAUCUACCUCAUCUUCGGUCAGAUGGUUAACCAGCCAUGGGAUGCACCCGACUUUUUGGACAAACAAAUGUCCUCCACUCUACAGGAGGAAGGAAAUGCCAAGGCACUGGAGGCACAACAAAGCGAGAAAGUAGAGAUAACCACAAGAUGAGAUGGUGCGCCUACAAAUUUCGAAGGAAUAAUGUUCCAAAAGAAAAUCAUUAUCGGCUGGUCCGUGGUCAUAUAAGCACAGAAUUUCUCAGAAUAUUCAAAACUAAUUGAUAAGUUUAGACAUAAAAAGUACAAAUAAAUCAAAUAUAAACCUA